AUGCCAUUGGAGGAGUUAAUAUCCUGGUUUCAAUCGGAGGUGACUGCUGCUGACGUUUUUAUGCCUUUAGCGGUGGGCCUCGGUCUUGGUAUUUUGCAUGCACAGAUAACCGCUUAUGAUCCUCAGCAUCGCACCCGCACUUCCUCUUCGAGGCGCGUUUCAGGAUCGGUUUCUUUGCCCGAUUCCGUUGCCGUCCCCGAAUCUUCAUCACCACCACCACCACAAUCCACAGUAGCAGUAGAAAUAACAACUGUCGCUGCCCAAACGCAAUCCAAUGUUUCUAAUCACGCAGGUGCAACAACACAGUCCUGUCUUUCGUCGGAGACCGCCACAUCUAAUCAUGUGACAAAAGAUAAGGCAAUUUCCUUAUUCUCCUCUGGCCACAUUCCAGUUGAAAUCAAUCAUUUGGACGAUUCACCCAAAGCCUCACGCCACCAGCCGGCUGUGGCUCGGGGAAAUGAGGUGACGCGCCCAGUCAACAGGCAAAAAGCAGAAAAGUCUCACGACUCCCUGACGGAGGGAAGUGAAGGUGGCGAUGGGCUACCAGAGGACCUGACUCCCACUGGUUACCGCCGUCGCGCCCUCUCCCUUAAACUGGCUCCGCGCAACCACGGUAAGCUAUUCUGCAGUGGUGGUGGCGGUUCGCAAACAGAGGUCCCACACGAACGCAAGUCCUCGUCAGGCGCUGGCAAUGAUGCCGAUGUGGAGAGUGAUCAGGAAGCUUACGAGGGCGAGCUGCAGUAUUGCCUCCGCAAGCGCAGCGCCUCUCUCAGCCCCGACUUCUGCCUCUCCGUGUCUACUACUCCCGUAUUAGUUUCUCCGCUGGAGCAGAAGAUUAAGCACUUUAAAGAGGCCAAAAUGCGGGGCGUUACUGACCCGGAAGUAUUUGCUGGUUAUCAGCUCAAGCAGCUGGCGUCCGGAUCUGGCCUUGUGGGACAGCAGUCGUCGCCACCCUCAAAGUGGAAGACCCGUCUCUCUAGGGUUUACGGUGCAACGUUUGGAGAAGACGAAGGAGAAGGUGAUGAGGAGUCCGGAGCCGAGGAAGCCGAAUUUACUGAUGAACAUGAGGACGUGGUGGUUCUCAACGAGUUCUUGUUCCACGGCGUUCAUACCUACUACAACGAUAUAGAAGUUUUGAGAGUUUUAUUUCCUGCCUGCCUCUACUUUCCCAGAUCAAUGUACUCAUUAAACCCAAGCCUCAUUAUUCCCUCACGUUUCAUCAGCAAGCUGUUAAUCUGUGAAUAUGUUUAUGUCGGCAGAUUAUUUGAAACACUACUUUUAACUCCCAUGUUCCCCACUGUUGGUGGUGAACUCUCACAUGAUUGUCUUUGCGGAUUUUUAUUUUACACCUCUUGUGAUGUAAUCGUGAUUAUGAAUUCUAAUUCGAACGAUGACCUUGUUGUUUCCUCUGUGAAAUUGCGAAAUGGCGAUAGGAUCGAUGUGAUACCUUUGGCUUCGUCAAACGAAGACAGUCCUCUCAAAGAAAAUCAAGGAGAGCCCAGGCCGCCAGAGGAAAAGGAGGAGGAGAGGAGGGGUGAAGAAGAUGACUUGGAGACGAAUGACACGUUCACGAGUCGUCGACGCCAGCGCGCCAAGUUUCUCAAGCUCUUCUUCGAGCGUGCCAGUCAUCAUCGGCACCAACAGAGGGGGACACAACAGGUUCCGCGUCUCUUAACGGGGUCCAUUGGUCUCCCAGAAGAGGCUUACGAGCCGUCCUUCGUUGACGAUGUCGUCGCUGCUUCCGAGUCGGGACUUCAUCACCAUCCCCUCUCACUCACUCCCACAGUUGCGUCCAAAGCAUCCGUCUCCAACACCACCGUCGUUGCCACCUGCCGCAGAAACUCCAGCGCAGCUCAGAAACGAGCAGCUGCUCAGGCAGUUCGAACGAAGGUGGUCAACCUUCGAAAGAAGAAUCUUUCCAUGGAUUCAGUGUCUCACCCAGCCUCGGAGACGGAGUACGAACGGAUGAACAGCGACGUGCGAAGCGAAUAUGACUCCUCUUCGGGCUCAGAGGAUGAGCAGUCAGCGCUGCGGGAGGGUGCUCCCCGUCUUUCCACCUCCGCACAAUCCCCCCCACCUUUGGACCCAGACACUGCUCAUCCCUCUGGCCACCAUCAGCACCGCCACCGCCAUCUUCGGCAACAGAAACUGCAACAGCUGCAUGUGAGAACCAGUGGGCUCGACGAUGCUGUUGGUGGUGGUGGCAGCAGCGGCGGCGGUGCCACUAACACUUCUGUCCGUCCCGUUGACGCAAAAUUACAAACCAAUUCAGCCCAGGACCCAGAUGUUGGCGGCGACUCCGGCAAUGAUGACAACGUGGGCCCUUUUGCGCUCUGGUAUCUCCAUACUCUUCAGGGAUUCUCGGAUUCUUCCUGUGUCCCACUGGAAACUGUCUGCUGUUAUGUUUGGGAGGGAAAGAAGGUGAAGAAGCUCAAUUUCACUCUUUUGGAUAUUGGAUGGCGAAUUAUCCAGGCUGUUGAACGUCAGACGGUGUCCAUGUUCUACCCCAAACUAUCUUGCAUAGUGGCCAUUCUACUGGCUGUGUUACCACUGCUUUUUCACGCUUGGUAUCAGCAGUCACCGAGCCAGACCUACCCACGCUUUACUCCCUCUUCGGUGGCCGUUGGACCCCUUCCCGUGGCUGAGAUGGGCAGAGUUGAGGCGAAAGCUUCCAGAAACCCACUGGACACACCUGGCACUCUAGUCGUAUUUCUUUACCAGUGGGUCGCAGAUUUCGUAACGCAUUUAUUCUUUGCGUCCUCCGACGGCCUCGUCGAUAAAACCUCCUGGCUUCAAGUUACCAGCUUGGAUAAUGUCGUUAUUGGUCUCGGAAUCUGGCUCCGUCUUAACAUCUACGUAGUCAUAUUCUUUCUACUUUCUGUAGCCGAACGAUCAUUCCAACAGCGACUUCUGUAUGCGAAGCACUUCUUUGCUCUAACUUCAAGUCACCGAGCUCGCAGAUGCCGCAUCCCUCACCUUCGAUUGAACAAGGUGGCCCACGUGAAGUGUUGGCUGACACUUCGCUCCUACCUCAAAAAGCGAGGACCACAACGCUCCAUCGAGUGCAUAAUCACUGCUACCUUCUAUCUUGCCUUCGCAUUCGGCCUCUUCUUUUGCGCUAGGUUUCUGAUCAGUAAUCCAAGUCGACGCGGAGGCGUGUUCUCCAGCCUUGCUGUUUGGGACAUUCUGGCCUACACAGCAGCGUUAAGCUUCUUUCUUCUUCGUUUUCUUACCUUGGGAACUAAAAUCACCAAAAAGUUUCGUAACGUCUCCAUCCUCAUCACCGAACAGAUGAAUCUCAGCCUAUGCAUGAAUCGAAAGCCACAUAAGAAGGAGGAACUAUCGACAACAAACCAGGUUCUGAAACUGGCCGAAAGCCUACUCAAGGAAGUUGACGGCCCCUACCGCAUCUGUGGGUGGGCGGUGAAUCCGCUAAUCUACAACGUAUUCAAACUGGUCCUCCUCUCCUGCUUCUCAGCCUUCAUUUCGGAAAUUCUUGGGUUCAAACUAAAGCUUUACAAGCUUAAACUAAACCCCGCCAACUGGUAG